GGGAGAGGAUAAAACAAACAGCUCUGCAGCACUUUGAAGAUGCAGAAGGCCAAGUUUUAUAGAGGAAAGGCAUUACUUUGUGCAAAUAAGUAUUUGUCAUGGUAUUUGUUAGUGUGUGUGGCACCUCCAAAAUAACUCCCUGCUGCAGUUGAAGCUUUGAACAUAUCACAAAAAUUCCUUUGUGGGCAAAGAAGGGUCAUUUUGUGUAUCUGUGGAGCAUGGGAACAUGCAGGCUGCAACACUAUGGCAGUGGAGUGCACCUCCAAGGAAGCAGAGGACUAUCCACCACCACAAUGUGCUGGCUUGCGAAAUAACAAUAAUUUCAUUUUAAAAAGUUACAGAGUCAUUUGCAACUAUCUACUGCAGUUAUUUUACAUGGAAAACAAGUUCAUUCUGGUCUUGACUGCGGAAAACAUAAACAUCUAUUAAUAGAAAAGAAACAAAGUUUAAUUUGCUCAUGGAUCAGUGAAGUCCAAAAAUGUGCCUUAAUGUUGGAUGGACUCUGCCCUUUCUCAGCGUUUAAGAUUCAGGAGUGAGGGCCAGCAGAGCUUAGAAGAAGACAACCCUCACAAUUUGUACCCACUCCUGGCUUUACUGACUGCUGCCCCAGCAACAAACAACCCAGAAGCUGAAUACCUUGAUAAAUAAAUAAGGCUCUCUUAAGAGGUGACAUGAACCUUGAAGAGUAUUUUGCAAGAACUGGCUAUAAAGGUUCGCUUGAAAAACAAGAUUUGGAAACCUUAACCGAUAUAUUCCAGCACCACAUCCGUGCUGUUCCCUUUGAAAACCUCAGCAUCCAUUGCGGGGAGAAAAUAACUUUGGAGUUGGAGCAUGUGUAUAACAAAAUUGUGCAGAGGAAGCGGGGUGGCUGGUGCAUGGAAAACAACCAGCUGUUGGGCUGGGUCCUGAAGCAUCUGGGUUACGACACCAGCUUUCUGGGAGCGUAUGUGUUCAAUCCACACCAAAACGCAUAUGCCACCCUCAUGACCCAUCUCCUUGUAAAAGUAGUUAUUGAUGGCAAAGCCUAUAUUGUUGACGGAGGCUUUGGUGUAUCCUAUCAGAUGUGGCAGCCGAUGGAGCUUGUGUCGGGAAAAGACCAGCCACAGGCUCCCGGCGUCUUUCGCUUUACAGAAAAAAAUGCCAUCUGGUACCUCGAGAAAAUGAGACGGAAACAAUAUAUCCCAAAUCAAACCUUCUCUAACUCCGAUCUUCUGGAGAAAAAAGACUGUCGGAAAGUUUACAUGUUCAGCCUCGAGCCACGGGCAGUGGAAGAUUUCCGUUUCCAGUGCACGUACCUUCAGACCUCUCCAGACUCCCUCUUUACGAAGAAGUCCAUCUGCACCCUCCAGACCACCGAUGGCUUUCGAGCGCUAAUUGGGUGGACACUCACGGAGACCACAUACAACUACAAGGAAAAUAUGGAUCUGGUGGAAUUUGUAACUCUUGAAGAUGAAGAAGUGGAAAAAACCCUCAAAGAGAAAUUCAACAUAACCCUCGAUAGAAAACUUGUCCCAGUUAAUGUCAAAGGAUUUUACACAAUCUAGGUGACCAGGAAAACCUACACUAAUGUUACGUAUAUACAGUACCUCCCACUGUCUGCACAAUCACUCAAUCACUACUGAAAGAUAAUGGGAUUCUUUGCAGGCAAUUGAAGGAGAAAUACAUUAAUAUGAGGUUAAAGUGAAUUUCGCUCUGUGAAAAAUCAGAGUCAGGUAGAUAACAAAAAAAAAGAAAAAAAAAUCUUAAGUCAGGUAGAUAGAAUUAUUUACUGUGAGAUGACUGCAUUCAAUUUUAGGCACAUAUGUAGGAUCUGAUUUGAAUUUGCCUAUAAACUUGGGUAAGAAAUAUGUCUGGGGAAUUUUGGAGUGCCUAUAGCACACAAAUAGGACUAUGGAUUAUUAAUUGUGAUAUGCUGCCAACACAUUUUCUACAGUUAUUAUAGGAAGAAAAGUAAUCUGUGAGCAUUUAGACAAUGAAGUACACAUUCAGAACUUCAUUUUUCACAGGAUCUAACCACUUGCAGCUCAUGUCACUUCUCUACCUUUAAUAUAAGUAAAACAAUGUCAUCCUUGAAAGGAGCAUUAGGAACCAUAAUUCUUUCACCAUUACCCUUAGACAAAAACGUAGUACAAAACGAAAAUUACCAUCAUGUGCAUUCCUUUUGCCAUUACAGCAGUAAACUGCCCAAAGUAAUUUUAGGUAUGUACGUAUUUUUCCGGUGAUGAAAACCGAAUAUAUUGCAGCAUUAUUGUGGCUGAUGGGCUCUAAGGAGACACCUACAAGCUCUGCUUCUGACAAGUAAUCAUCCUUUAAAGGAUGAGAGAGGCUUAAAUGUCACAACUGGCUUAGAUUUAUUUCUGUCCCAAAAGGGUGGAAAUGUGGCAUUUUUAGCAUUGCAAGUUUUUUGUAUAACAAAGGUAGAACAAUGAAGCUAACCUCACUAUACUCUUAAUUCUGCCCCCUUUGUGCAUAACAAAUAUGGGAGCCCAUAUGGGUAUCCUGAAUGAGUACCACUUAGCACAGAAGCAUUCAUGUCACAAAUAAGUUAACUCAGCUGUAUCAAAGUGAAAAAAAAUCAAGACACCAAAUCUAAAGGAACCUCUUUCUUUAGAAUAAUUUCAGAAUCACAUUUCCCCAUUUUUAGCAAACUGUUGUUGCCCCUAUCCUGCUGCUCUGCAAAAAGCCCAAUCAAGGAAACCACUAGGAAAGCGAAACAUUCUCAAAUGCAUCAAAAAUUACCAGAAAAACUGAAAAACAUUCUUUAUCCCUCAUCUACAAUAAUCCUUAGUAUUGGUCAAAUGUUGAUUUCUCCUACUGAUAAUAUGUUUUUGCUCAAAGACAUCAUCUGAUCAUGAAUCUCACAAAUGCUGUAACUGUAUACCUGAAAACAAAUAAAGGGAAGCAAAAACAUUAAUGAAUUGCUUUAA